AUGUCUACCGACUGGUCUCUCGACUUCUGUCUCGUCUGCGACCGCCAGACUUCUGGCGGUCCUUACUGCUCCCAGACCUGCCGACUCGCCGAGUUGGAUCGCACAUCGGCCGAGGGCGAGCAAUCCGCACUCAAGUCUCGAGAGGGUGCGACUCACUCUCGAUCAUCUACUCUCGACUCCAUCGAUUCCCGAUCGGCACACAGUCUCUCGGCCUCGUCGUCUCAAACCUCACUAUCCUCGCUGCGGUGUCAUUCCUCCAAUGCCGCCCUCUCCGGCCAGCUUCAAGAUGAGCUGCGAGACUAUGCCAGCUGCUUUGAUCAUGUUCGAGAUCUGAAGCGACGCAUGGCUUCCUCUUAA